AGUCCCAAUUGGUAUCAAGUCCUCUUUUAUUGUUGUUGUGAAUGGAGCAAUCACAAGUUGUUGCUUGAUGCCUAUAAACUCAGAUAUGUGUCUCUUAUUCCAGCUCCCGUAUAAACGCUGCUUUUCAACCCAUGUGUCCUCCUCAGCCAUGUCACAGAUAUCCUUCUUUGCCCGUUUGGGUCAACCCGAUAAUGCUCGCAAAGUGUUCGAUCAACUUCACAACAGAAGCGUUGCUACUUGGAACGCUAUGAUCUCAUGCUACUUCCAGAAUCGCCGGCCACUUGAAGCCCAGAAACUGUUCGAUCAAAUGCCUUACAGGAAUAUCGUUUCUUGGAAUGGGCUUAUUUCAGGGUACGUGAAAAAUGGGAUGGUGAAUGAGGCACGAAAAGUGUUUGGGAGAAUGCCCAAGAGGAAUGUCGUGUCUUGGACAGCUCUAGUUAGAGGGUACGUUGAGGGAGGGUUGAUAUCCGAGGCCGAAAGCCUGUUUUGGCAAAUGCCAGAAAAAAACGUGGUGUCGUGGACGGUAAUGAUGGGAGGGUUGAUUCAGAAUGGGAGAGUUGACGAGGCAAGGAGGCUGUAUGACAUGAUGCCAGUGAAGGAUGUGGUGUCAAUGACAAGCAUGAUUGGUGGGUAUUGUCUGGCAGGUAGGGUGGAUGAGGCACGCGAGAUCUUUGAUGGCAUGAAAGUAAAGAAUGUUUUUUCAUGGACAUCUAUGGUCACUGGAUAUGCUCAAAAUGGCAAGGUAGACAUUGCUAGGAAGCUUUUUGAGGUCAUGCCUGAGAAGAAUGAGGUGUCGUGGACAUCUAUGCUGCUGGGGUACACUCAGAGUGGAAGAAUAGAGGAGGCAUGGAAGUUGUUCGAAGAGAUGCCAGUAAAACCAACGGGUGCUUGUAAUGCAAUCAUACUCGGUGUUGGAGAAAAUGGGGAGGUUGACAAGGCGAGGAUGGUUUUUGAUUCAACAAAGGAGAAGGAUGAGAAGACGUGGAGUGCUAUGAUUAAGGUUUAUGAAAGGAAAGGUUUUGAAUUGAAAGCACUCAGUUUAUUUCGUUUGAUGCAAAGUAAAGGCGUCCGCCCCAAUUUUCCUUCCUUAAUUAGCGUACUAUCAGUUUGUGCAAGCCUUGCGACUCUUGACUGUGGUAGAGAGAUACAUGCAUCACUGAUCAGAUCCAAGUUUGAUGAUGAUGUUUAUGUCUCGUCAGUGUUGAUCACGAUGUAUUUUAAAUGUGGUGAACUUGUCAGGGCAAGAAGCGUCUUUGACAGAUCAUCUUCCAAAGAUACUGUCAUGUGGAAUUCUAUCAUCACUGGUUAUGCUCAGAAUGGUUUAGGAGUAGAAGCUCUUGAUUUCUUUAGAGAAAUGUGUUUGCAGGGAAUUGCACCAGACGUGGUUACUUUCGUGGGACUCCUGACGGCCUGCAGCUACAAUGGAAAGGUGAAAGAAGCCCAAGAUAUAUUUGAUUCCAUGAAGUCAAAAUACCUAGUAGAACCAGAAACUGCACAUUAUGCCUGCAUGGUGGAUCUACUGGGUCGAGCUGGUCGCUUGACUGAGGCAAUCAAUUUGGCAGAAAAAAUGCCCGUGGCAGCUGAUGCAGUUAUAUGGGGUUCUUUGCUUGGUGCUUGCAGGAUGCAUAUGAACUUGGAUUUGGCCGAAGUAGCUGCAAAACAACUUCUAAAGCUAGAGCCACAGAAGCCUGGCCCUUAUGUCCUGCUCUCUAACAUUUAUGCAACAAAGGGUAGGUGGGGUGAUGUUGCAGCAGUCAGGAAAGACAUGCGUUCAAGGAAAUUGAGCAAGUCACCCGGUUGCAGCUGGCUUGAGGUGGAGAAGAAAGUACACAUGUUCACUGGUGGAGAGAGCAAGCCCCACCCGGAACAUCAAACAAUCAUCAAAAUGUUGGAUAAGUUGGGUUCCAUGUUAAAAGAAGCUGGGUAUUGCCCAGAUGGCAGCUUUGUUCUUCAUGAUUUGGAAGAGGAGGAGAGGGUGCACAGUCUGCAUUAUCACAGCGAGAAGUUGGCUGUGGCAUACGGACUUCUCAAGCUGCCAGAAGGAACGGCUAUAAGAGUGAUGAAAAACCUGCGGGUUUGUGGGGAUUGCCAUUCUGCUAUAAAGCUAAUAGCUAAAGUCACCGGACGAGAAAUCAUUCUGAGAGACGCAAAUAGGUUCCAUCACUUUAAAGAUGGCUUGUGUUCGUGUAGAGACUAUUGGUGAUUGCAGUGUACAUAAAAAUGGCAAUGGGCCCAAGACCGCCGCCAAUGCCAUCUUAAUUAUUUGCUGGCAAAAGCUUCCAAGUUGUCAUUUGGUGAAAGCACUGGCAGCGGCAAGGAGAAACCUUGCCACGCCUUGCCAUUCCUGUAGAGGGAAGCGCGGCAGUGGGCGAGAAAAAAAAAGGGUCGCUAGGCAUUCCGCGAGUCACUUAGCUUUGCGUGGCGGAUGGGAGGCAAAAUUGAAGCAGCAAAAUACAAUUACUCUCUCUUGGAAAAUCAUCGGUCGCUCUCUUCUCGGCUCUUUUGCGCGAUAGUCUUCUCCGGCCAUAAUCCUUCACCUACAACCCACAGGUUUAAAUUGAGAAUGAUGGUAGAAGCUUCACUGAAUUAUUGCUCCAGGGAGAGAUUACAAACAAUGAAUCACAAUGCAAUUCUCAACCCAUGGCACAAACUACGCGUGUUCCUAAGAGGGGGAAUGGUUUCCUGUCGUUAUUUAUGAUUGGAUUCCCUGUGAGUCACCUGGUAAACCUGCAUUUGCCACCAGCAGGAAGAAAAAUGAAUUGUGGGUCUCUGUCUUAAAAAAAGCUUAUGCUAAGCUUCAUGGUUCGUAUGAGGCAUUGGAAGGUGGACUUGUCCAAGAUGCUCUUGUUGAUGUCACUGGGGGCGCGGGUGAGGAAAUUGAUAUGAGAAGUACUGAAGCACAGAUCGAUCUUGCUAGUGGAAGGUUAUGGUCUCAAGUGUUACGGUUCAAUCAACAAGGUUUUCUACCAAGAAGGUUUUCUACUUGGUGUUGGUAGUCCUUCAGGUUCAGAUGUGCAUAUUUCUUCGAGUGGUAUUGUUCAAGGCCAUGCCUACUCAAUACUGCAGGUAUAUCAAAUACUACCACCAUCCCGUGUAUUCGUCUAGUUUGACUUUUUUGAGUCAAAUUCGACAAACUAUGGGCAUCAAUUGAAUAAAAAUAGUAAUGUAUU